CUUCACCAAUCAGCUUCUGGAGUUGCGAGCAGAACGGGAAGUGGCCAUUGUUUUACUUAGCUGAGCUGAAAGAGGAAAGCGGAAGAGGAAUCUAGCUACUGAACUGAUGUUAGCGUCUUUGAAUGUCUGUGUGGAGAAGGUUUGGAGUAAUUACUUUACCCUUGUACAAUAGCUUUCUGGCUUUGGCGCUCUGUCUGAACUGCCGUGGACCUGUGACAGACGUGCUGUGCACGCUGCUUUUGGUGAACCCGGUGCACACACGCGCACACACUCGUGAUGUCUGCUGAGGCGUCGGGGGGGUCCGAGCCCCCCGCGGUCUCCGCGUCGGCAGGUGUGUGUGCGCGCGAGGAGAAGGCGGGUGCCGGCCUGGCCAGCAGCAAGUACGUGAAGCUGAACGUGGGGGGGUCCCUCCACUACACCACCGUGCACACGCUCCGCAAGGAGGACAGCAUGUUGAGCAGCAUCUGUGAUGGACACACGGAGGUCACCACAGACUCCGAGGGCUGGGUGGUGUUGGAUCGUUGCGGACGGCACUUUGGGCUAGUUCUUAACUUCCUGCGUGACGGAACGGUUCCGCUGCCAGAGUCUACACGAGAGCUGGAAGAGGUUCUGAAGGAAGCCCAGUUCUACCGGGUCCAAGGGCUCGUCCAACACUGUCUCUCCACCCUACAGAAGCGGAGGUGUGUUUAUGAGGGGGUGGUGUGUCGUAUCCCCAUGAUCACAUCAGCUAAAGAGGAACAGAUGAUGAUCGCCACCUGCAGAAAGCCGGUGGUGAAACUACAAAACAACAGAGGAAACAACAAAUACUCUUACACCAGUAACUCUGAUGAUAACCUGCUGAAGAACAUUGAGCUCUUUGAUAAGCUGGGCCUGCGUUUCAACGGCCGUGUCCUCUUCAUGAAGGACGUGUUGGGGGAUGAGAUCUGCUGCUGGUCCUUCUACGGAGAGGGACGCAAGAUCGCCGAGGUCUGCUGCACCUCAAUCGUCUACGCCACGGAGAAGAAACAGACCAAGGUGGAGUUCCCUGAAGCACGGAUCUUUGAGGAGACCCUCAACAUCCUGAUCUAUGAGAAUGGGCGGGGCUCUGGUCCAGGGGGUGUGGCCCUGUUGGAGUCUGGCAUGAGCUCAUCACCUGGAACCGGCCAAUCAGAGGAAGAGGGUGCAAGUGGAGGGGGCGGGGACAGGAGAGUGAGGCGGAUCCACGUCAGGAGACACAUCAUGCACGACGAGAGAGGCCACGGACAACAGACCGUCUACAAGGACUAACACACACACACACACACACACACACACACACACACACACACAUCAUGCAUGACGAGAGAGGCCACGGACAACAGACCGUCUACAAGGACUAACACACACACACACACACACACACACACA